CUGGGCAAGGCUGCAGCUGCCAAACGUUGUCACACCGAAGGCGCUGGCAGGGAAGGGGGAGAUUUUCAGCUCCCCUUGCACCAUCUGGUUGCUGGGUUCCUCUGAGGGCCAGUGUAGCCCGCUGUGUAAUUACAGCGCUGCACGCGGGCACCUCGCCAGAGGAGCAGAGAGAGGGGGCACCAGUGCGGCUCUCGUGCUCCCUGAAGCGGCCCUGCCCUGUUGUUCGCUUGGCAGCUGCUUGGUCUCGGCUUGGAGAAUCGGGCCUCUCAUGGUGUUUGUCGCCACUGCUGCGAGGCCGGCCCGCUGCCACCCACUCUGGCUCCUAGGAUUUGUAGCGCUGCUGCUGCCCGGGGCUUGCGGUCAGUGUGGGGCCCUGCCAAGGCUGAGUCAUGCCCUCCCCUCUGAUACUAAUCGCACAGAGGGCUUCUCCAUCAACACACAAGUGACAUACAAGUGCCUUGAGGGUUUUGUUAAAAUCCCAGGAAAGUCGGACACUGUCGUUUGCCUUUCAAACUCACAGUGGUCAAACAUCGAAGAGUUUUGUGGUCGCAGCUGUCCUGCCCCACCAAGGUUAAAGUCUGCUGUGUUAAGUGAUGAGGAUUUGAGGAAGAAUUACUAUCCUGCUGGGACCACUGUGAGUUAUGUCUGUCGCCCAGCUUAUGAGAGAACUGAACUGAGUCCUGUUACUACUUGCCUUGAAAAUUUAACAUGGGUGGAAGCCCCUGAGUUUUGUCUAGGAAAAUCUUGUGGUGUUCCAAAAAACCCAGAACAUGGCAGACCUGUUGAUGCAACAAAUAACCGGUUUGGUGCAAAAGUAAACAUACUUUGUGAUGAUGGAUACCGAGUAAGCGGGCGACCUUUCAUCCAGUGUUCGCUUAAUGGAGAUCAAGUUGAAUGGAGUAAACUUCCAACUUGCCAAGCGAUUACUUGUUCUCCUCCUCCUAAUAUUACCAAUGGGAUGUACAAUGGCAGUCACCUGGAAAGCCUUGACUAUAACUCCUCAAUAACUUACAAAUGUGACCAUAAUUUUUCACUUACUGGAGAGGCCUCCAUUUACUGUACAACUAGAGAUAACAUCAAUGGAGUCUGGAACGGGUCUGCCCCUGAAUGCAAAGUCAUAACUACCCAGGACAAACCCACAACUGUCCCUCCCGAAGGAGCAGAAGUAGCUGGUACUUCCUCAGGUUCUGCAUUGAACACAGCUGGCAACUCUACUGAGCCUGAAGGUGGAGUCAUAAUUAUCCAGGACAAACCCACGACUGUCCCUCCCAAAGGAACAGAAGUAGCUGGUACUUCCUCAGGUUCUGCACUGAACACAGCUGGCAACUCUACUGUACCUGAAGGUGGAGGGCUUGGCAUACGCAUUGACAUAGGCAUUGGCACCAGUAUUGGUAUUGUAGUUCUUGGUGCAGUUGCUGCAAUGACACUACUGACGGUUUUGAAGAAAAAUAGGAUGAAGGUUGGUGCUAGCUAAUGGCUUACAAAUUAACAGACAUAAUAUUGGAAGAAAAGAAUGGAAAAGUUAGGAAAUAAGCUUCAUACAUUUGCACUGAAUUUCUGUAGUGAAAAUAGACCUCUCUCGGGCAACCAGAGUUCCUUUCACUACAACUUUUCUCCUUUGAAUGGGACUUGUAAUCGGAAUCCACUGCAUCUGAAAAAAGGAAGUGGAUCAUCCCUUUUGUCUUUAAAAACUGGUUUCUGAAGCAAGCAAAGGCAGUUGGCAGCAUCAAAAUUACUUGCUGUUCGUACAUGCAGUUUGCUCCUUAUUCUGCCUCUCCAUAGUGCCAAAUGUUUCACCUGUUAAAGAACAUGUUGGCCAUCUGAGUGUGGCAUAGUUUGGAUUGUGGGUUUUAGCUGUAGGUGACAAGAGAGCCUGUUUAGAUGCCUGCUUACAGGCUUCCCUCAUGAAGUGUGUAAUACUAGUCUUUAAACCCAAAUGUAAAGAUGCCAGACUCUAAAUGGAAUGUUGAUGUGACCUUUCUUCAGAUUUAGAUUUCAUCUACAGAUUUUUGUUGAAGUGAGAAUCUCUUCAGAUAAAUCCAUCUUUUGUUCCCAGCUCUAUAGCUUCGGUUUCUUUUUACAAAUUUGAUACAUAGUGUCUCCCCUAAGAGAAAAGAGUGAAGUGUGUGAAUUUACAUGGGGUUCCAGAGAUGUUCAAAAUACUCAUCACUGAGUUUUUAAUAAAAUUUACUGAAAAUAAGGCAUCCUGUUUCUUUCCCUACAAUCAACUAGCACUUUAUAAGAGGUAAGCAAUAAGAUCAAAAGUGUAUUCCAUAGCAAGUUCUCCAGUGGUUUAGUAACUACAUUAAUUUUAUGUUUUAGUCAUCAAAAAAAUGUCUUUGGAGGUCUGAAAACAAGCUUUUUAAAUUCAGGAAAUGGCACUCUCUGCUGGUAAGAUGGAGGUGAUUGUAAUCCAAUACAUUAUUAUUUAUUUUAUCACUUAAAACCGGUUGUUUAUAUUCUUUUUUACAAUCAUUAACUAUGUUGUUUUGUUUAGCAAUAUGCAUAAAACUUUCCACAGGUGAAACUGUAACUGAAGGAAUUUGUGGGAUUUAUAAUGUCAUCUUUCUAAAUGUAUUUUUCUUAAAUAAAAGGAAUACUGAAUGAA